AUGAGGGAAUGUGAUGUUGGAUAUAUGUAUAAAGUUGUAUUGAGUUUUGGAGUGUUCACUUGUGAGAGAAUCAAGAACAACGAAAGCUUGAAUACUGGUUACACUUUCUGUAUAUUCCAGAUUAUUAAUCAAAAUCACUCAUCUUGUUCCUUGCAAUCUGCUUAUUUGAUGUCUACACUAUUUGCACCUUUUAUUUUCUUUCCCUUUUUUGGGGAUUGGGGGGUGACAAGGAGUAACCAGGUUGAUGAUAUUCACCAAGCGGAUUUCUGCAAAAUGACUCCGGCGAAGUUCUGUGGUUCAAAGGAAAUGGUCCCACUUGAGUUCCGCAAACUAGGAUUAAGGGAGUGGGUCGUUCAAAGGGAAGCAUCUUCAUCUACAAGUAACAAUAUGUCUAGAAUUAAUGAUCAAAAUACAUAUGAUGAUAUCGAUGGUUUAUUACAUGAUACUUUUAUUGAGGUGGAAGAAGGUUUAAAUGGAGAUCAAGGUGUUCCAAGUAAGCCAAAUGAGGUCCUUAAUGGCUUAAGCAAUACGACCUUUGAGGAUCUCUUAGAGUUAUUAAGAGAGAAGUUUCCUAUGGCUCAACUUCCAAAAUCCUAUAACGAAUCUAAGAAUAUAAUCAAGGAUUUGGGUCUUGAUUAUAAAAAGAUACAUGCUUGUCCCAACGAUUGCAUUCUUUACAGGAAGGAGUAUGAAGGAGCUGAUGUUUGUCCCAAGUGUGAAACAUCAAGGUGGAAGUCUAAGAACAUCCCUGCAAAGGUUUUGAGGCAUUUUCCUUUGAAGCCUAGACUCCAAAGAGUUUUCAUGUGUUCUAAAACACCCGAGUCAAUGGUUUGGCAUGAUAAAGAGAGAACAAAAGAUGAUAAAAUUAGACAUCCAGCAGAUGCACAAUCUUGGAAGGACUUUGAUGAGACGUAUCCUGACUUUAAAAAGGAACCAAGAAAUGUUCGACUAGCUCUUGCUAGCGAUGGGUUUAAUCCAUUUCGAACUAUGAGUGUUUCUCAUAGCACAUUGUAA